AUGCCACAUCUACCUCCACCACCUCUACCUCCACUACUGACCGCGCCACCAAUGCCACUUCCUCCACAACCACCUCCGCCACCACUCAUGAAGAACGACUGGGUUUCACAGGUUACACUUAUAUUUUUUGAACUCUCUUACAAGUCAAAAUUGAGAAAAUGUACUUCUUGUUCUGCAUUCCUAGUGCAAAACAUUAGUGGUGGUCGUAUGGACAUCGUCUUCCAUGCCUACACCACCAUCCUCGUCGUCGGCAUCUUCUUCUUUCACUUCAUCACUUCCUUCUUCAUCAGCUUCUCGGCCUGCUUCCUUCCUUGAAUCCUCGGUUGUGGUGGACGAAGUGGGCGUCUGGACUUGCUGCUGCGAAAGCUGCUGGGGAGAGACUGCUCCACUGCUGCUGCCUCCGUCGUCCAUCAUAUCAGACAACAAAGCUGCUGUACCACCUUUUCUCAAGGUCCCCGUGCGCUGGGGAGGCAAAGGUUGUUUCACCUCAGACUCUGGUGAGGGCGACGGUGAAGAUUCUUCACUUGUUGGAGAGUCGGGAGAUGAUACCACUACUACUUGCUGUUGAGGACCUACUGGAAGAGAGCCCUCGGGGGUCUUCCGCCCUCUCGAGGCUGUACCCCGACCCCCACGCCCGAGAGACCACAGAGGCGCGCCCGGAGCUGUACAAGUGACUGGAGGCGCUUUCAGCGCGGGAGGCAGGCGCGAUGGCAGUAGAGGCGGCUGCUGAGAGGACGCCAACAGGUGGGGGGAAGGUGCAAAGACCUCCCGAACUGUCUGUGGAAAGAAGUACUGAUGGUUCUGGGUCGCUCACAUACUUUAAUUUCUAGUCUUAAGCUAAAUUAAAUUUAUUAAUUUUAAAGUAAGGAUUAUAUCACAAUUACAAGCCCUAUGUAUUUAAGGUAAGUUUUGUUAUCAAUAUUCCUUCAAGAUCCUUGAAAAUAAGUUUCUGAAUUUACAUAUGGUGUGUGCAGUCUUUUACUUUGUUAGCUUCUGAGAGAUGCUAUAUAUGCUAAAUAAAGCAGGAUUGAAAGGUUUAAGGAGAAUGAGGAAAACACCUCAUCAUCCACCUACCCAGAUGCACUUUUUUUCUCAAGGGAAUUGAGUUUCUAUAGUUAAAAUUAUUUUAUUAAAAUAUCAGUAAGUACAACAAAUUCUUGACCACUUUACCUGACUUAUUCGGCCAAAUUUCCAGCAAAUAACGCAAUACAUUUAUUGGCUGGUUAAAAUCUAGAUGUUUUCCCUCUUCAGAUUGUAACAUUAAUACUGGACCAAAACAUAUUGCCAAAUUCUGGGGUGACAUCUUGUUGCGCUCUGAUUGUGACACUACUAGUGCUAAGUGGUCCAUUAAGAAAAUAAGUGUACACUGCAAUACAAAAUAUAAUAAAAAAUAUAUUUAUUAAUGC